AGAUAACUGUUCUGACUACUUUACAUCACCAUUUUAACAUUUCACAUGGGCGAUAUAGGACUAAAUACGUGUCUGUGACAUUCAAAUACAAUGAUCAAACUAGUGGCAAUUGUACUAUGUGUGCUCUAUAUACAUGUAAAUUGUUUGGUUUUUGAUCAAGUUGACGGCAGCGACACUCUGCCGACAUUAGCUGAACCGCCGCUUAGGAUUGGCUCCUUUAACAUCCAAGUGUUUGGUUCGACCAAGGUUGCUAAGUCAGAUGUUCUUGAUGUGUUAGUUAAGAUACUAAGCCGGUAUGACAUUGUUCAGAUAUUGGAAAUAAGAGAUUCUACAAACACCGCUUUCGAAAAAUUGCGUGUUGCACUAAAUAAUUAUGUAGCUAGUGGUGCAGACGGCACUGUAUAUGAAAAGAUUGUCAGUGAUCGUCUUGGGCGCACUACCAGUAAAGAGCAAUAUGGUUUCCUAUAUAGGAGUUCCAAGGUCUCUGUAGCAGAUACCUACCAGUUUCAUGACACCCAUGAUUAUUUUGAAAGGGAGCCAUUCAGCGUGAAAUUUAAGUCUCCAAAAACAACUGUACAGGAUUUUGUCAUGGUUGCAAAUCAUAUCCAACCGAAGAGUGCAGCAGAGGAAAUGGACAAUCUAACCAAAGUCUAUGACACUUUGCGGAGACACUGGGGUAUCGAGGAUGUUCUACUUGGCGGUGAUUUCAAUGCAGACUGUAACUAUAUGAGUUUAAGCGCGUGGAAGAAUAUUUCACUUCGAACGGAUGGUAGAUUUGAGUGGUUGGUGGAUGAUGAUACUGACACCACUGUCUCACAUUCAGCAUGCAGUUACGACAGAUUUGUUGUUGCGGGUGAUAAGCUUUUAGAUGCUGUGGUACCCGGCAGCGUUCAAGCAUACAGAUUCGAUGAAUUAAUGGGAUUGACCAAAGACAAGGGUUUAAGAGUCAGUGAUCAUUAUCCGAUUGAACUGCAACUUAAAGGAAAGCCACACAUGGCCACACAGCAGGCGAUCCACACAUCUAUAUCAUUUACUGUGAAGGACACGAAGCCCGUCAAUAGUAUCAGUAACAUAAGAUAUAUCUACCGUACACCAUCCUGUGCUGACAAACAUCUCAGCAUUAAAGUACAGAGAGAAGACACCCAUAUGGACUUCGUACAGGCUCAUUUCACAACGGCAGAUUCUACGCAAGUUAUGGUAGAACUGAAAAGCUUCCGAUCCAGCUGUACAGGGACCCUAUCGGCAGAGCUUCUGUCAAUGGUGCAAAGCUAUAUGCAAUCACAUUUCCUUCGAGACACUAAGCCGGACGUUUACGGACUUAUGUAUUCUAUCAAGAAAAAUGUAUAUGAUGUAACGAUAAAAUGCUCAUUGCUGAUACCGUACGUCUGUGAAGUAACUGUUUCAAAGAACAUAAGUUAGAAAAUAAAGACAUUAAAACUG